UUUGUUUGCUGCACCCCGGUCGGCUGUUCGGCGGUGUGCGUUCUCUUUUUUUCGUGCUCUUAAGCCCGCCAUGUCGUAUCCGGUGGACGAUUACGAGGAGGGCUCUUACGACCCAUAUGCUUAUACAGGGGACUAUGAUUUACACACAGGAGAUCCAAAACAGGAUUUAGCCUAUGAACGGCAAUAUGAACAGCAAACCUUUCAGGUGAUUCCAGAAGUGAUUAAAAAUUUUAUACAGUACUUUCAUAAGACUGUUUCAGAUCUGAUUGACCAGAAAGUGUAUGAGCUUCAGGCCAGUCGCAUAUCUAGUGAUGUUAUUGAUCAGAAGGUAUAUGAGAUCCAAGACAUCUAUGAAAACAGUUGGACCAAACUAACAGAAAGGUUCUUUAAAAACACACCGUGGCCAGAAGCAGAGGCUAUUGCACCACAGGUUGGAAAUGAUGCUGUGUUCCUGAUUUUGUACAAGGAGUUGUAUUAUAGACACAUCUAUGCUAAAGUCAGUGGUGGCCCAACCCUGGAACAAAGAUUUGAAUCUUACUACAAUUACUGCAAUCUCUUCAACUACAUUCUUAAUGCAGAUGGUCCAGCUCCUCUAGAACUACCCAAUCAAUGGCUCUGGGAUAUUAUAGAUGAAUUUAUAUAUCAGUUUCAGUCCUACAGUCAGUAUCGCUGCAAGACUGCCAAGAAAUCUGAGGAAGAAAUUGAUUUCUUGAGGUUAAAUCCUAAGAUCUGGAAUGUCCACAGUGUUCUUAAUGUGUUAUAUUCCAUAGUGGACAAAUCCAACAUCAACAGGCAACUGGAAGUCUAUACCAGCGGAGGGGACCCCGAGAGCGUCGCUGGAGAAUACGGUCGUCAUUCUUUAUAUAAGAUGUUGGGCUAUUUUAGCCUUGUGGGUCUGCUGCGCCUUCAUUCAUUGCUGGGUGAUUAUUAUCAAGCCAUUAAGGUUCUGGAAAAUAUUGAGCUUAACAAGAAGAGUAUGUACUCACGAGUACCAGAAUGCCAGGUUACCACCUAUUACUAUGUUGGUUUUGCAUACUUCAUGAUGCGACGCUACCAAGAUGCAAUCCGUGUCUUUGCUAAUAUUCUGCUGUAUAUUCAGAGGACCAAGAGCAUGUUCCAGAGAACAACUUACAAAUAUGAAAUGAUUAACAAACAAAAUGAGCAGAUGCAUGCUCUUCUGGCCAUUGCUCUUGCCAUGUAUCCAAUGCGCAUUGAUGAAAGCAUUCACCUGCAGCUUAGAGAGAAGUAUGGGGAUAAGAUGCUACGAAUGCAGAAGGGAGACCCCCAGGUAUAUGAGGAGCUGUUCAGCUAUGCUUGUCCCAAAUUUGUCUCGCCCGUGGUACCCAACUACGACAAUGUGCAUCCCAAUUAUCAUAAAGAACCAUACCUGCAGCAGUUGAAAGUCUUUGCUGAUGAAGUCCAGCAGCAAGCUCAGCUGUCCACCAUCCGCAGUUUCCUAAAACUCUACACUACUAUGCCUGUGACUAAACUGGCCGGCUUCUUGGAUCUCACAGAACAGGAAUUCUGCAUCCAGUUGCUGGUCUUCAAGCACAAAAUGAAAAACCUGGUCUGGACAAGUGGCAUCUCUGCCUUGGAUGGAGAGUUCCAGUCAGCUUCUGAGGUGGACUUUUACAUUGACAAGGACAUGAUCCAUAUUGCAGAUACAAAAGUCGCUCGACGCUAUGGGGAUUUCUUCAUCCGUCAGAUUCAUAAAUUUGAAGAGUUGAAUCGUACCCUGAAGAAGAUGGGCCAGAGACCUUGAAACUCUUCUUGCAUCAGCUAUUUGCCUGAUUUGAAGAAGGCAAGCCUGGAAGAAAAAUGAGCUAAGAAUUCUGGAAUUUUCUGUAAUCUCUGCAAUUUUUUACUUGGAUAGCAGAUGACUGUGCUCAU